UAUUUGUGGGCAUAUGAGCGCGUGGUUGACUGCUGCUCCUUGAUGAUGUGGAUGCCAAUUGUAGGCUUACUGGUGAGCCUCACAGCCCUGACCACCACAAUGACGCUCAUACAUACAUGUACCAGAACAGUGACGUCAUCUGCAGGCAGUAAUUCUGUGAACAUUGUGUUUGUGUUGACUGAUGAUCAGGACAUUUACCUGGGAGGUCAGAACCCCAUGAAGAAAACAAAAAAGCUGAUUGGAGAUGAAGGGAUCAUUUUUAAUAAUGCGUUUGUGACCAGCCCGCUAUGUUGUCCGAGUCGCUCCAGUAUACUAACUGGGAAGUACAUCCACAACCAUAACGCUCUAAAUAACUCCAUCUCUGGGAACUGUAGCAGUCCAGCCUGGCAGGCAGGCCCAGAGAAACACACAUUUAUCACAUACAUUAAACAGAGAGGCUACAACACCUUCUUUGCAGGGAAGUAUUUAAAUCAGUAUGGAAAACGUACAGCAGGCGGUGUAAAACAUGUACCCCCAGGCUGGGACUGGUGGAUGGGACUGGUAGGAAAUUCUCGUUAUUAUGAUUAUAAGCUGUCCAUCAACGGAACAAAGGAGAAACAUGGUGAGGUGUAUAAACAAGAUUACCUCACCGACCUUGUUAACAGGAAAGCCUUAGAGUUUCUGAGUUACCAGACAGAGAACACUCCAUUCUUCAUGAUGCUGUCCACCCCAGCAUGCCAUGCCCCCUUCACCCCUGCUCCGCAGUAUGCCCAGAACUUCUCAGACCUCCGAGCUCCCAGGAUACCCAACUACAAUGUACAUGGCAGUGAUAAGCACUGGUUGAUAAGGGCUGCCAGAAAUCCUAUGUCAGAAUCCUCGGUGAAUAUCACAGAUUGCGCCUUCAGAAACAGAUGGAGGACCCUGUUGUCUGUCGAUGACAUGGUGGAAGAUGUGGUGAACACAUUACAGCAGAAAGGUUUGCUGGAUAACACCUAUAUCUUCUUCACAAGUGACAAUGGAUUCCACCUGGGUCAGUUUUCUCUGCCGAUUGACAAGCGCCAGUUAUACGAGUUUGACGUCAGGGUUCCACUGAUGGUGAGAGGGCCUGGUAUACCAGCACGACAGGUUAAGCAAGAAGUGGUUUUAAACAUCGACCUUGCUCCGACAUUUGUGAAGCUAGCAGGAGGCCAGCCAGCCUCAGAUAUGGAUGGGGUCUCCAUCACACCACUGCUCAUGUCAGAACAACAACAUCCUAAACCCCAGCCACUUAUGGAGGACAGGUUCCUGGUGGAGCAUUUUGGCGAGUCUCACAAUGUUAUACCAGGAUGUCCCCAGCUGACCAAUCAGUCAGUGGCUAACUGCAAGCCAGACUGCAUAUGUGAAGAUGCCAAAAAUAAUACAUUCCUCUGUCUAAGGAAAAUAAGUGCCCAGGAAAACAUAAAAUAUUGUGAAUUAGAUGAUAAUGAGGGCUUUGUGGAGUAUUACGAUCUGAAUUCUGACCCUUUUGAGAUGAAAAACACAGCCAAGCUUUUGCCUCCUGGUGUUAGAGAGAAUUAUUCACAAACUUUGUCAGCAUUGGCCAUCUGUCAGGGAGUCAGUUGUUGGGCCCCCCACAGGCAAUCACACCUGUCUUAACCCAGGGCAGGGAACACUAACACCUGGGUGUCAGGGAUUUGACAAACUGUCUUUAAUCUUCAGAACUCACAGGGAGUCAGCUGUUGCACUCCACCCCCACAGCCAGUCACACCCAUCAGGACUCAGCUUGUUAGGGUGUCAGUUGGUGGGCCUCGUCUUUCCACAGGAUUUGGUGCUGACUUCAUGUCACAAAACCACUUUCAUUAUCGCGUAAGAUGACUUGUCAAACAGUGACAGAGAAAUGGACUUCAACCUUAUUUUCAGUCAAAACACAUUGAACAGUAUUUAUGGAUAGAGCGAAAGAUUGAAAUUUUACCCAUUCAUCUCAGAUCAGUUCAUUCUAAUGGGAGGAGAGGAGAUUUUCUUUACCAUAAAAUGCCAGAAAACAAGUUCUUGUUUUUGCAUGUAUUUAUAUGAUGGAGGUUUGACGAACACAGGAUAUUUAUUGUACUGCAUGAUAAUUUGCUUGCUUCAAUUCUACGCAUCUGCAUUUGUAAGUUAAACAAGGAAAACGUAGCUUGAAAACUAAACAAAGUGUUUUAUUAAAUCAGUAAUUUUCUACAGUAUAUUCAUAUGAAGUAUACCCAAAUAUUUUUGUGGCCUCAUUGUUUAUGUCUAAUAUAAAAAAA